AUGAUGCGAGAUGAAGCCCCACCAGCGUUCCAAGGUCGAGGUGCGGGUGCCCCGUGCCAGUUACCUAGCCGUCCUGCUCGCCUUCGCCGAAGGCGCAGGCGGCUGCCUCCUCGUGAGGAGACCACACUGGUGUGCCUGAUCAAAAGCCUUGUAGAGAGGAAGGUGGUCGUGGAGCUCCGGAAUGAUAUCCUCCUGCGCGGCCGCCUUGACGACGUCGACGACUUCCUCAACAUGUCCCUUUCCGAGGUGACCUUCCAGACGGUUGAUGUGGGUGCAAGGGGCUUUAUGGCAGGGGCUUAUUGCCGUACCGGGGGCCCGAGCGUGCCAGCCGUGCAGUGUGGUUGUGUGGCUGGGCGGGGCAGAGGGCUGGGCUACAAGACCGAGUACGAGAGCAUAUUCGUCAAGGGCCGCAACGUGCGCUUCGUGCACCUGCCAAGGAGCCUCGACCCCGCCAAGGCCAUUGAGGCGUACCGUCACAAGGUGAUUCGUGCAAAACUGGAAGCGGCCCGGGAGAGGGCCCGAGCGCUGGGGUCAGCUAAGUCCACUCCCAAGGGGCAGGAUGCUCUGGUUCCGGAGGCCAUGGCGGCAGACGUGUCGGAGUCAGCUGCGGCCGCAGCGGAUGAGGCGAUGGAGUUGGCGGGUGAGGACGACGACGAGGGACACGAGGGUGGUGGAGGAGAGGGUGACGAGGACGAGGAGGAGGGGGAGGAUGAGGAGGCAGGGGAGGAGGAUUGGGAGCAGCAGGAGGAGGAGGAGAGUGGGGGGCCAGCAGCAGCAGCUGGCGCUGUGCUGCAGGCGG